AUGACUGGAACUGAAUCAAACGGUCAUUCCGAAGCUAAACUGGAAGAGCAAUCAAUGGAUCAACCGCAAGAUCUGCUUAACGAUCUCAACGACGAGAACGGCGACGCGAAUGGCGACCCCGAGGAAGAGCCCGAGCAGUUUCGAAAGCUGUUCAUCGGCGGCCUAGACUACAAGACCACCGAAGAUACGUUGAAGGCGCACUUUGCACAAUGGGGUGAUAUCGUCGACUGCGUGGUGAUGCGUGAUCCCCAAACCAAGCGAUCCCGCGGCUUUGGCUUUAUCACCUACUGCAAGUCCUCAAUGGUGGAUGCCGCCCAGAAGGCUCGCCCACACAAAGUUGAUGGUCGUGAAGUGGAACCGAAGCGCGCCGUCCCUCGAGAGGACUCUGGCAAACCCGAAGCACAGGCAACGGUGAAGAAAAUCUUUCUUGGCGGUCUCAAGGAAGACGUCGAAGAGAUCGAUCUGCGCGACUACUUCAUCGAGUAUGGAGCAGUCAUCAACGUAAACAUCGUCACUGAGAAGGACACCGGCAAGAAGCGAGGUUUUGCUUUCGUCGAGUUCGAUGACUACGACCCCGUGGACAAGAUUGUCUUGAAGAGACAUCAUGUGAUCAAAGGCAAGAGGACAGAAGUGAAGAAAGCUCUGUCCAAGCAAGAGAUGGACACCAUGAAGCGCAAGACCGAGGCACGCAAUGUCGGUCGCGGUGGUGGCCGAAACGCUCCUGUUUGGGAUUCUGGCCCCAGCGGGUACGGCGGAAACCAAGGCGGGUACGGAGGAUACAACCAAUACGGCAACUAUGGAGGUGGCGGCGGUGGUGGCGGAGCUGGGUACGGCCAAAACAGCGGCUACAACCAGAGCUGGAACAACCAGAGCCAAGGUGGCUGGAGCUCGGACUACGGAAACGCCGGCUACGGAAGCAGCUAUGGGGGCGGUCCGAUGCGAGGAGGUAAUAACUAUACCCACCGUAGUGGCGGACCAUACGGAGUUCGUAGACGUACCCCACACCACCCCAUCAAGAUGACCAAGCACUUGGCAAGCCAAGGAACUGGGCGAUGA